GACACCUCUAACUCUAAACCCUAACCGGCAAAACCCUGGGUCCCUUCGAUCAUCUUGCCCGUAACCAAUAAUUUUCCUUUCGUUUCGAGUGUCCGAGGCUUCCAAUAGUCCGCAACCGGAGUAGGAUAAGAAGGAAUACGAAAUUUCGCUCCAUUAUUUAUUUCUAUUUGUUUCGGAUUCUGGUUUGGAAGGAGGACAUGGAGGAGAAUUUGAUCGAAGAAGGAGAAAGCAGCAGGGAAGGAGAGGUCGCCCCAGCCCUCAUUGUGAUCCAUCCUCGCGAUAAAUCUGCUGCUGUUGCAGUUGGACCUGAACUUCGUGUGUAUGAUAUAGCAGGGAAUUGCCCAAUUUCUUUGUCAGAUGAUUCUGGUGGGCCUUCUCAUUCAGAGUCCAUAAGAGCCAUCGGCUUUGGUGCAAAUGGAAGUGUUUUUGCAUCUGCUGGAGAUGACAAGCUUGUCAAGAUAUGGAUGACUGAUUCCUGGCAUUGCACUAAGACUGUGUAUGCAGAGAAACGAGUGAGCGCAGUUGCAGUAAGCCACAAUGGCCAACAUGUUGUAUUUGCUGAUAAAUUUGGACUUGUUUGGGCAAUUGCUUUGGGUGAAGGUGAUGAGGGGCAAGCUCCAAUUGAUAAUAAAGCUGUGCCGAUUCUAGGUCAUUAUUGUAGCAUUAUUACUAGCCUGAAAUUUUCUCCGGAUGGAUGGUUCAUUGCUAGUGCUGAUCGAGACUUCAAAAUUCGGAUUACUGUCUUUCCAAAAAGACCCCGAAAGGGAGCACAUGAAAUACAAAGUUUCUGCCUUGGUCAUACAGACUUUGUCUCAUGUCUGGCCUUUGCACGCCCUAUAGAUUAUCCUCAAGGAUUCCUUUUAUCUGGAGGUGGUGAUUCAACUGUUCGUUUGUGGGAUUUUAUUUCUGGGCGCCUUCUUCAUACUUGUGAUUUUGGAGCACAGGCAGGAUUAGUCAAGUCUAAUGGCACAGAAAUGGAGGGGGGUUCAGCAGUCAUUGAUGUAUGUGCCUCUUGUGAUGGUUCGUUAAUUGCCGUAGCCAUUCAAAGCUUGCAUGGGAUAAUCCUUCUGAAUUGUGAUUUUUCAGCCAGAACUCUUUCCAUUGCCAAGGUUGUUACCAUGGAAGAAAGUUACGUUCCCACAAGCUUAGGAUUGAGUGAUUUACCAAAACACUUGUGGAUGGUAAUGGGUGUAUCAAAUAUACCCACUUUGGGUACUACCAAGUUGUUGUCCCGUGUCAGGGUCGUGUCUGGUUUCCUGAAAGACCCUUCAGAUUCCUCUGUUCGCAAUGCAAUCAUUAUGGGAGACAGUGAAGUACCAGGCAGUGAGAAACUUCUUGAAAAGUUGCAGGGAAGUUUAGAUGUUGCAGAGGAAGAGGUAACAUUAGCAGCAACUGCAGCAGCAGUGAAAACUUCAGUGCAUAAUUUGUUGAUAAAAAAGCAGUAUUCUCUCGAGAAAAGAGAAUUGCAGAAAAGGAGUAGGAAUGAUAAGAAGCUCAAACAGUAAGUUCUUUGAGAGAAAGGGAAGGUGCCACAACCCCGAACCCCCAUGGUCCAAAUACGUGGGGGCCAAGGUUGGAACCCAGGACCUCCACUUUUUGCAUGAAGGGGUAUGAGAAGCUCUGGUAACACCUAAUUCACCAAAUAGUAUCUCUAAUGCAUGAACAUCUUUCCCAGAUGUAUCUUAUUUUAAAAUUUGAACGUGUAAUCAUUUACGUUAGUUUUAACAAAAUAUCUUGUUGGACUGAAAUUAUUAUCUGGCUUUUGGCCAUGGCAUAUUUCAUUAUGUUCUUGAGGUGUUUUCAUAUGUGGAUUGCCGGAUUUCAUUUGGACUUGCCAUGAGUUCAAUAAAUUGAUAGCUGCCCA